CAAAGCACCACCUCCAAUGUGGUUGCCACAUCUCACUCUGAUGAGGUGCUGGCUUAAAGAUACCUGCAGGUAAGAAGUCUUUACGAAAAAAAAAAUAGCGGUAUACCUCGUCCAUGCCCCUAUCAUCCUUCUCAAACGUUCAGUCGUACUCAUUCUAUUGAGUGUCUACAUAUGCACCAUCGACUCCAAAUGCCAAGAACGGUCACCGACCCACUCUCCUUCCUGCUAAAUCAACUACCUACUAAAAAGCUAAAAUGCUCACAGGAUAUGGCUCCUUGGACAAUCCGUUGGCCAGCUAUUUGUACCAUUCUACAUGAAAUGGAUUACCUCUUUCAUGAAAAGCUACCUCUAGAUCCUCCCUCAGAACCCGGCUCACUACUGGUGAAAUGGUUACUCAACUAA